UCACAAUGAAUCACUUACAAAGCCUGCUCCAAGAUGGUCUGAUCUCAACAUCACAUGUGGAACACGCUGCUAUUAUCCGCCGCAAGGACUCAUCUCUUCGUGCCUCAUCAGUUGGCUUCAUGCUAGACCCUGAGGAACUGAGUUGUAUUGUCAAGUUUUUUCGGGAACCUACCUUACUGCGCAGUGAAGGGUUCCACUUGACUAGCACAAACCAGGAGUACCAUUGUCUGAGGAGUGACAAGAACAGUAUCUACGCAAGAGUAGAGGGUGGAAAUGAGGGUGGUGUGAUCAUUGUUAAGACUAACACACUGGUUAUCAUAGCAACCUACGCUAACAAUAUGUACCCUAGUAUUUGUGUAGAGGCUGUUGAAAACUUGGCUGAUUAUUUUAGAGACAAAGCAAAGUGAUGAUGUUGAUCUGUUAUUUAAUCAGAUAGUUGAUGAUGAUAAUGAUGAUGAUGCCAAGGAUUGAUGUUCAGAGGUCGAAAUACAAACACCAACUCAAUUUGAAAUUAAAGAUAUUUUUUGUACAUGAGAAUGUUAACGGCAGUAAUACCGCAGUAGUCGACAUUAUCAUUUCUUAUCAAGAUUUCAGAUAGAGCUGAAAUACCUUGGUAACGAUGAUCUGUGAUCUGUUGAAAUAAAUAAAUUAUUUCGCCUCCGAUUUUUUACAGAUCACUGCCUUGUGGUAAGAACUAAGAAUAGUAAUUUAAUCUUUUAAUAGACAGUGAUUUUUAUGGGUGGUUCAGGUUUCCGAGUAGUCUUGAUAAUCCAAUUUGUAAAUACCUAAUUAUGUUCUGCAGCACUAGUCUGUACAGAUUUGUGCCAUUGUAUACUGUUGUGAAAGUUCUUUUCUUGU